AUGACAGCACAAUUGCUGCUUCUCCUGCUAUUUGUGAUUUUGAAUCCAGGGGAUUUAUUCUUGGGUGUAAUUGGUAAGCCCCACAAGGCGAAACAUGAAGUGACAUCAUCCAGUGAGGAAUCCUGCCAUUUCCCUUUCCGUUACCGACGCAAAAUGCACUACUCCUGUCUCCCUGACGCCUUUCUUAAAUCUCAGCACUGGUGCGCCACCACAGAAAACUACGACCAAGACCAACAAUGGAAGCUUUGUCGGAAAGAGGAAAGGCCAACAGGGCACUGUGAUCCUAACCCCUGCCAGAAUGGGGGUGCCUGUGAAGCUAGGAAGAUUGGAUUCCAUUGUACCUGCACAGCUGGUUUCCAUGGAAGACGCUGUGAGAAAGAAGGCUGCUUUGGAUCACAAAGAUGGUUGCAUAUGGGCAAAAAGGAAACAUGGCUGCAAUAUUUUCCCUCUACUGGAUUGAAGGAGUGUCACUGUAGCAGAAAGAAGAUUCUCUGCAAGACGGUGCAUGGAAAAGCAUGCAGAAGCAACCCCUGUCUGAAUGGAGGUCAGUGCGUACAGCUGGGCCAGAACUUGGUCUGUAGCUGCCCUGAAAAGUUUUCUGGACCACUGUGUGACAUAGAUCACACUGAAAUCUGCUACAGUGAGAAUGGGCACCUAUACCGAGGCAUGGCUCAGAGGAGUUCCUCCGGGGCACCUUGCCUGCCCUGGGACUCUCCAAUCCUGCUUAUGGAGUAUUCCUUCAAACUCAGGAAUGCAGUAAGCCUGGGCCUAGGGGAACAUGCCUUCUGCAGAAAUCCAGAUAACGACACCCAACCAUGGUGUUUCUUGCUACAAGACAGACGAAUCACUUGGGAAUACUGCAACAUUACCCGCUGUCAUCCCCAAACUGCUGGUAAGGCAAAUCAUCUUCUCUGAAAAGAGCUGAGUAUGGUUGAACCGCAGAAGUGAAUGAGUCAGACGGUUUUUCGCACAGGUGAACCGAUACCAAAAGUGACAGAAGCACCACCUCUGAAGGAGACGACCAUGAGCCACGCGGAUAGCAAACCCAGGUCUCCCCCUGGCUCAGCACCAGUUUGUGGACAGCGCUAUACAAAAGUCAUUUCCUCACGCAGCCGUAUCGUCGGGGGUAUGGUGGCACUUCCUGGCGCCCAUCCCUAUCUUGCUGCUCUCUACAUUGGAGAGCAGUUCUGUGGAGGAAGCCUCAUUGAUUCCUGCUGGAUCCUGACUGCUGCACAUUGUCUGGAAUUCAGGCCAGAUGUGUCUAGAAUUUCAGUGGUGCUUGGCCAGAUCUUCUACAACACCAGCACUGAAGGCAUUGUGAAGUCCCAGGUACAGAAGUAUCAAGUGCAUGCAAAUUAUUCACAAAUAACUAAGGAGCAUGAUAUUGCUCUGGUGCAACUGAAGGAAAAGUCCCCAGGACGUUGUAUUGAAUUUUCAAACUCUAUUUCACCUAUAUGUCUGCCUGGUUCCUUCGAGGCAGCUGAUAGCAGUGAACACUGCCAGAUUGCAGGAUGGGGACAUAUGUAUGAAGGAGCUGACAAACUCUCUGUAUAUCUGCAGGAAGCAGAUGUGCCCAUCAUUCCCCAUGAGCAGUGUCAUUCCCCAGAGGUACAUGGGUCCCAGAUUACCCAACACAUGCUAUGUGCAGGAUACCUGGAAGGAAGAAUCGAUUCAUGUCAGGGAGAUUCUGGUGGGCCUCUGGCAUGUGAAAAGCAAGGCAAGGCUACCAUCCGUGGCAUUGUCAGCUGGAGCACAGGCUGUGCCCAAAAGAACAAACCUGGGGUUUACACCAAUGUUGCUCAUUACCUCAGCUGGAUUCAGAGCAACAUGCAUUAG